GGCAAUGCUUUUCAUGGCCUGCUUUUCAUGCAAGCUUUUGUUUGUUUAUGAUGAUUUCCUGGUUGUGUUAAUAUUGCAAAAUAUUCAUCAUUAAUUUGUUAAACAUACAAACACACGCUUAUCAAGAUGAAAUCAUAAGACAAAAACAUGCCUCACAUCUUUUGUUACCAGGCAAUUUUUCUUGCCACUGGAUGUCUUCCUGUUUAUGGCUACGCUGAUCAACUAGAACAAGACGGUGGAUUUACAACACACACGCUUGUAUUGGUUGGAGCAAUUAUGGUGAGUUUAAUAGUGCUCAUAUUUAUUCUCACAUUAUGUGGUGGAUGUACACCAAUGGAGGUAGGAAGUGAGAGCCAUUCAGCGUCCAGUGGAAACAAAACUCACCAUUCGAAGCAAUACAGUGCUAAUGCAACUGAUGUUAAUACCCGCAUACUGACAUCGGGCACUACACUAGCCAAUGAUCCAUACAUUCCUGACAACCAGCAACAGCUGCCCUAUUCCUCACAUCCGCAGACUGCCCACACAUUUACUGGCUAUCAGGCUCAGGUCCAACCAGGACCUGGGGGUCAAGGUCACACACUGUAUACAGGUGGUUACCAGGCAACAGGUGGUUACCAGGCAGCUGGGUCAGGAGCGCACAGGGCCGUGUUUAACUCUGAGCCACCGCCACCUAGCUAUUCAGAGUCAGUGGUUGUGCCGCCUGAACACAGAUCAACUGCCCCUCCACAGCAGUAUGGCUGGUGAAGACUUUUAUAUUGUUGAAGGGACUUGUUCACACAUUUUUAAAAAUGUGUCAUAAAAUUAUAAAUGUGUUUACUAACAAAUCUAUAUUUUUUAAAAUUCUAAACCAUUUAUAAAAGCAAGAGAAAAAGUUAAAUUAAUACAUUGACGCCCUAGGGAUUCAAACCUGGGGCCCCUAGAAGCAAAAGUUAUCGCAAUACUGUUGCGCCACUGGAAUCAUUCAUGCUAUGUUGUUAACAUAUUUUAAAAUUAUUGAGAAAAAGUGUUACAAGCGUUAUGUUAUUUGAGCGAUUUAGAAUAACAAUCAUCCAUUAUGAACCAAUAUUUUAAACAUUUUAUUUAGUCAGGAUUGUUAUUUUGCUUGUGUAAAAUGAUUUGUAUUUUUUUUUUUUGAAUCUCUUACAAUCAUUUUGAAAUUUGUCAUUUUAGCAAACUGUCAACAAGUCCCUUUAAGGGCACAGUUUUACAAUCAACAAAAGCUCAUACAUUGUACAAUUGUUUUAUAUUGUAGAUAUGUGACAGCAAUCGUGAUGACGAUAAUUAUUGUUGUUUACAAGAAAUUGUGAUCUGUUAAAUGUGUUCUUAGUCUGGAAGAGUGAAGAAUAAUUUAAAGUCCAUAAACACUCAAAAUCAAGGAAUAUUGCGUACAAUAUUUCAAAAAUUAAUGUUAACACAUAACAAAUCAAUGUUCCUUACAGCAAUAGUAAAAAUUUCAACACUAGAUGUGGUCUGGUAACAUAAAUUUAACACGAUACAAAAUGCUCGUUUUUAUCUUUUGUGUCAUAAUAUAUUCCAUGUGAAUUUCAGGCUACAAUAUCUGAACAUUUACGAGCAAACGCGAUUGGCUUUGCACAGCUUCGGAGGCAGGAUGGAGUUCUUAUGAAUCCGUCGCUCUAUCGACGUAAAAUCUAUGUUACCAUACCUCAUCUAGUGUUUAAAUUUUGGCUACGGUAUUCAUUGAAGGUUGCUUUUUUCACACAAAGAUUGUUCAGUGCUAAAUGUGAUUUUGUGGUUGUGUUAUUUUAUAUUUCAUGCUCAAUAACGAUGUAUGUUAAAAUGUUACGUUUGCUUUGUCCCUCCCCUCUCCUUAUUUAGGAUUGAUGUAUUAGUUGGCAGUCAAGUUUCUGAUUUUUGUUACUGUUUUAAUAAAAUCUUCAUCAAAAUUG